AUUGGCUGCUGAUGUGUGAAAGUAGCGCGCCGGCGGGAAGGGCGCACGUGGCGGCGGGGCACGGUACGAGGGCGCGCAGCAUGUUCGCGGGCAGGGCCAGUCCUCUCUUCCUGGACACUUCUGGGGUCUGGUGGCAGGACCCACCAUCCCUGGCAGCAGUGGAGGCGUCCUGGGAUGUGGCGGAGACAGCAGCUCCGCGCAAGGCUGUGGAUGAGGACUCAGACCUGAGCCACCUGGAGGGGGACAGUGCGGAGGAGCUGGGUGUGCAGGACCCGGAGCUGGAGGCCAUCAAAGCCCGAGUGCGGGAGAUGGAGAAGGAGGACGAGAGGCUGAAGGCGCUGCAGCUGGAAGCUGAGAGCCGCCUCCUUGUGAGCUCAGAGGCAGGUCUCUUCCCAAAGACAACAGAGGAGAAGAUGGAGGUCGACCAGCGGUCCAUCUACGUGGGCAAUGUGGACUACGGGGGCACAGCGGAGGAGCUGGAGUCUCACUUCAACAGCUGCGGGCAGAUCAACCGCGUCACCAUCCUCUGUGACAAGUUCUCGGGGCAUCCCAAAGGGUACGCCUACAUCGAGUUUGAAGAGAAGAGCUCUGUGAAAGCUGCUGUGGAGCUGGACGAGAGCUUGUUCAGAGGCAGAGUCAUUAAGGUGCUGCCCAAGAGGACCAACAUGCCAGGCAUCAGCAGCACCGACCGUGGGGGCCACCGGGGCCGCUUCCAACCCCGGGGAGGGCUGGCCCAGCGAGGGGGCUACUAUGGGGGGCAGCAGGCGAGGCUGCGAGGGAGGACGUACAGGGGUCGGGCAAGGUUGUUGCCUUGGUAUUUUCCGUACUAAAAAGGAAGACUGCACUGCCCUGGAAGAUGCCAAUGGGACUGGAACGAAGAGAUGGGAUUGGAGAGACUUAAAUGUGCUUACCCGAGCCAAAAAAAAAAAAAA